GUUUGCCAAGUGAUAUUUGUGAUUUUCGACUGCUAUUAAUUUGAUGAGCAACUGACUGAAUUGAUUCCUCUGUUUCCCUUACUAUUUUAUGAAUUGUUUCCUCUUUUUGCGAAGGCUGUUGUUAAUAUAUUCAACUUCUCGCGAUCGUUCUAAAGUUUUCUCACUGUUAUUGAUGAAUAUUGAUGUCUCAAAUGGAAUAUACAACAUCGGGAACACUCUGUUAUUGAGAUUUCUGUUAACUACUUGAAAACAUGAAUAUAAAUUACUACCUAUAAAAACACAGGAAUAAAUUGAGCAUAAACAUUAACCGAAUACCGAACUUUUUGACACGCUGUUGUGGUACAUUGAUUCGUAAGUCUGACUUGAGGGUUUUAUUAGAUUGAGACUGAAUUUCAUCUUAUUUUGGGAUUGAAUUGAAGAGGCAUGUUUGAUUUUUAAGUUGGUUUCUCUAUGUUUAGAAACUGAACACUUUACCUUGUCUCCCUAUUGAGGUCGAAUUGUUGAAGUAUUUGAAACCAAGUCGAGUUGCUAAGAUUCAGUUCUCAGUUUGUCAUAGUAUUGUUUUAACAACUCUACGAUUUCUGUAGCUGGUAAUUCGAAAAUUACAUUGUUCAUUGCUGAAUUUUGUUAGAAUCUGCUGUGAUUAAAGAUGAGAAGGACUUAAAGACCUUAGUCUACAUUUUUUCGCCUAGAACUGAAAUGAAAUUGGAUUCCAUUUGAGCACAAAAUUUGAAAUUUAGCUUGGUUGUUUGAACUUGUUUCUGGGAAAGUUUACAUGGCAGUUUAGCUAAACUUAUGUCCCUUUUUUUUUGGUAGCUAGACGUAUUGUAUUACCAAGGGAAAAUAUUUACAAGUAAAGCAAAACCCAAGCUCACACUCGCCUGAUCCUAAGCACCAGGAAGUGCAAUCCUCUAUUCCUAUGUAUAACUCAAAAAUAGCAUAUACAAUAGUAUUCCUAAGGUAAAAAUUCAGUUCAUGUAGUCUUCUAGCUAGUCUAGUCCUCUUUGAGCGUCUAAAUACCACCUCUUGUAUGAUUUUCCUAACUAGUGGCUGGCCAGUUGUCCCUUGCUUCUGUAACACUCAGUGAUUCUUCUCCUUCCAUAUGUAAUAGACACAUCCAUCAAGUGCCACUCUAUAUACUUCAUUUCCUGCUUUCUUUGUGCUCUUGUGAUCUUCAACCCAUUCUUUGCCACUUGAGAGGAGUUCUAUUAAUGCCUUGCCAGUUCAAAAUUUUACUCCAAACAGAAGUUGAGAAUCUGUAGUCAAAGAACAAACGUUCCACUGAUUCAUUCAUAUUGUUGAUGAAUGGGUAGAUUGGGUCUGAAAUGAUACCCCAUGAAACAAGCCAGUCUCACUUAUGUCCAGUUAACUAUUAGUGUUUUGGACUAACUCUUGAGGAAGUUUUGUGCUGUAUUUUUUAGUUGAUUGGCAAGUUUAGGUCAUAGUUUUGAACUAAACCGUGAAGUUGACUGUGUUUGAGUGAGUAAAUACCAUUUUGGUGAUCUUUGUGCUACUCCAGAACUGAUUUGUUAACAAUCGCUUUGUCUACUUGAAUUGUGAGUUGAACUAAACCGACAACUUUUUUUUUAUUUUUUUUUAUUUUUAUUUUUUAUAAUUCUAGUAUGAUAGAAGACAAUUUUUUUCACUGAUGCAAAUAGAUUUAACCAGAAAGGCAACUUCUCUCGUAAAGUACAUGUUUUAUUAAUAAAAAUACCCCCUUGGGUUUAAAUUGCUAAAAAAAAGAUUAUUGCAGUGUAUAUUACAUAGAGAUACAAUGUUUUUUAGUCCUAGGUAGCCAAGUUUUCUCGUGUAAUUCUAUAUAAAAUUUAACCAACUCCAACUACUAAGGUAACUGAUUCUUUCAGUCCUCUGCUUGAUUGUGAGUUGAAUUAAACCGACAACUUGUUUUUCUUGUGAAUGCUUGGUUUCUCAUUUUUUUGUUAAUUUUAUUAUGAUAGAAGGAAAUUUAUUAGAAUCUCCAGAUGGAUUACAUUCCCUGGUUAACUAUAUGAAAGGAAAAAAAACAUAUUGGAUUGAUGCUUUUAAUAGAGGCGAAAAAGUCUUUAUAUGUUAUAAUGGGAGUGUUGGGUGAAUUUAUAGUUGAAAACUGAAGUACUCAUUUAUUUUGAGCAAUUUGGAUUGCAAUUUGGAAGUUCUAAAUAUGUUGACAUCAAAAAAUCAAAAUCUGCCAGUUGGAGCUAUAAAACCAGUUGUAGAUUCAGUAAUUUCUCCCCUAAUUGAGAAGGAAUUUCUUGGAUUAAAGUAUUGAAAUCUAUUACGGCUUGAAGAAUUCACAGUUAGAUUUUUUAAUCAUGUUCUUGGCUUUAAACUAUGCUUCAUUUACUGGUACAAAUCUUGCAUUUUAGUGUGACUUGGAAAGGAAAUGUUUAGUGGAAGCUUUCUGAUUUUUCCUUCUGUUUUGAAAUAAGUCAUCAUUUGGAUAUAACUAGAAUUAGAUAUCUGUUUGAUAGUUUUAAUUGUUAAAAAGAUAUCUUUGAGCUAUGCAAUUACCUGUUAAUAGGAUGCAUAUUUUAUCUGAACUAUAUUUUUGAUUAAUUCCCCCCUUUUCUACUAAUGUAUUUUUAGCUCUUACAGUAAUUGCAGAAAAGAAAAGAAUAUCUUGAAUAUCAUGGACAAUUCUAGAAAUAAAAAAUGGAUGAAUUGUGAUAGACUUAGUAAAGAAUACUUGGAUGGAGUGGAGGAUUUUAUAAACCAUGCCUUUUCUAAAAAACUAGAGGGAGAAAAAAUUUCAUGUCCUUGUACGGAAUGUGUGCUUAUUCAUCAAGCAAAUCGGGCCACAACAUAUGAUCAUCUUGUGGUUAAUGGUAUCAUGCCAUCGUAUGAUACUUGGUUUUGUCAUGGGGAGUCUCUGAAGGGAUCAAACAAUACUCAAGUAAAUAAUCACAGCCAAUCAACUUUGAGGGGCGAUGAUAUGAGAGGAAUGAUACAUGAUGUCUUUGGAGGCUCUACACAGUUCAUGGAUAGUGACAUCAGUGAAAGGGGCAAUAUGGAGCCAAACCUACAAGAAAAGAGAGCUCAUCCAUCUGGAAAUCAUCCUCAUCCAGAGGUGGAUAAGUUUGAACGGCUCAUGAAGGAGGCAAAUGAAGAACUAUAUCCUGGAUGCAAGAAGUUUAGCAAACUGUCCUUUUUGCUGCAUAUCUAUCGUACAAAAUGCCUGUUCAAAUGGUCAAAUGAAUCUUUUAAUGCUUUGCUUGGACUAUUGAAGGAUGCGCUGCCUGAAGGGGAAACAUUGCCUUCUUCUUUUUAUGAGACCAAAAAGAUAGUUGAAAGCUUGGGCUUAAAGUACGAAAAGAUUCAUGCUUGUCCCAAUGAUUGCAUGCUUUUUAGGAAAGAGUUUGCUAGUAAGGAUGUUAAUGAAUGCAAAAUUUGUGGUGCUUCUAGAUGGAAAAAUAAUGCUAGAAAAAUUCCAGCCAAGGUCCUAAGGUAUUUUCCUUUAAAACCAAGGCUGCAAAGAUUGUUUAUGUCUUCAGAAACUUCUAAAGCAAUGCAAUGGCAUCACGAAGAGCGCAAUAAAGAUGGUGUUCUCCGACAUCCUGCAGAUUCUGAAGCUUGGAAAAGUUUUGAUAGUAAAUAUCCCGAAUUUGCUGGAGAUCCUCGCAAUGUCCGGCUAGGAUUAGCUUCUGACGGAUUUAAUCCAUUUGGCACAAUGCGAACUGUUCACAGUACAUGGCCAGUGAUUUUAAUGCCAUAUAAUCUUCCACCAUGGAUGUGCAUGAAGCAAGAGUUCUUCAUUCUGUCCUUACUUAUUCCUGGACCAAAAGCGCCUGGCAAUAAUAUUGAUGUCUUUUUGCAACCUUUAAUAGAAGAGUUAAAUGAAUUAUGGGAUGUCGGGGUAGAAACAUACGAUGCCUCUACUAAGGAGAUAUUUCAAAUGCGAGCAGCUCUUAUGUGGACUAUAAAUGAUUUUCCAGCAUAUGGUACUCUCUCUGGAUGGAGCACUUAUGGUCGGUUUGCAUGCCCUUCUUGCAACAUAAACACUCAAUCUAAAUGGCUCAAACAUGGUAGAAAGUUUUGUUACAUGGGGCAUCGACGUUUCUUGAAGUCGGGCCACAAAUAUCGGAAUGAUGCAAGAUCUUUUGAUGGGACUAAAGAAACAAGACCUGCACCUUGUGCAGUAUCCGGGUCACUAGUGCUGAAUCAAGUUAAAGAUAUAAAGUUUACUCUCGGUCAGUCGAGUGAAGGGGUAAGUGGGGUGAUGAAAAACACAUGGAAAAAGAGGAGCAUUUUUUUCGAUCUUCCUUAUUGGGAAUUUAACUUGGUGCGCCAUAAUCUCGAUGUGAUGCACAUAGAAAAAAAUGUGUGUGAUAACUUAAUUUAUACACUAUUAGAUCUUGGUAAAAAGUCUAAAGACAAUCUAGAAGCUCGAUUGGACUUGAAGGAUAUGAAAAUAAGACCAAGCUUAUGGCCUCAAUAUCGAGCUAGUGGGAGGGCUUAUCUUCCUCCUACUUAUUUUACGAUGACUUCGAACGAAAAAGAGUUGUUUUAUGAAGUACUACAAAAUACCAAGUUUCCACAUGGCUAUUCGUCUAAUAUAUCACGUUGGAUUCGCAAACGGAAGAUAUCUGGGCUAAAAACUCAUGAUUGCCAUGUUAUAAUGCAAGAACUUCUUCCUCUUGCCUUGCGGAGAUCAACAGAUAAAAGAAUCAGUUCCGUUUUAAUUGAACUAUGCACAUUCUUUCGUGUUCUAUGUAGCAAAGUGCUAAAACUAGAAGAGUUAAAGUUACUUGAAGAAAAAAUUCCAGAAACAUUGUCUACUAUGGAAAAACUCUUUCCCCCAGGAUUCUUUACUGUUAUGGUACACUUGCUUACUCACUUGGCAACUGAGGCUAGACUUGCGGGGCCAGUACAUUAUCGCUGGAUGUACCCAAUUGAGAGGUACUUGGGUACUUUAAAAUCAUAUGUUCGUAAUCGUGCAUGCCCAGAAGGUUCAAUAGCAGAAGCAUACAUAGCAAAUGAGUGUGUGGCAUUUUGCUCACGAUAUUUGGAGGGUGGAGAUUCAAGGUCUUAUUGUUCAAGAAAAUGCAAUGAUGAGAUUGAGCAUGAGACUAGUAAAGAAGAAUGUCUUUUUCCAACUGUUGGGGAGUCGUACGGUGAAGUAGAUGUAUUUGAGUUGGAUGAGAAAACAUGGUUGCAAGCACAUCGGCAUGUGCUUUUCAAUUGUGAGUCAGAUGUGGUUGAGAAUUAUAAAAAUGAACAUAUUGCUGAAAUCAAGAGAUCACAUCGUAAGCGCCGUUUGAGACCACGUCAACUUGAUCUUAUGCAUUUUGAUACAUUUCAUGAGUGGUUCAAGGAGAAAGUAUCAGAGUUGGAUGCCACAUCUAAAAUCUUAAAGGAUGUUAAAGUCCUCGCAGAAGGGCCGACUAAAAUUGCGAAAAGAUUUAAUGCGUUUGAUGUAAAUAAUGGGUAUCGAUUCCGAACAAAACAAAGUGAAGAGUCCAAGGAGACACAAAAUAGUGGUGUUAUGGUCGUUUCUAAGACUGAAAGUUAUGCAAGUACAAGUGACAAUGCUCCAAAGUCUGCAAAUAUCACAUAUUAUGGUAGAGUGAAUGAUAUUGUGGAGUUAAAUUAUUAUGAAGAAUUUAAGGUUGUCUUAUUUAAGUGCGAUUGGGUUGAUGUAACCAAAGUUAGAGGAGUGAUGGAAGAUGACUUGGGUUUCACACUUGUGAACUUCUCACGCGUGGCAGACUCUGGUGAUCGAGAACGCCAUGAGCCUUUUAUUUUUGCAGAACAAGCUCAACAAGUAAUAUAUGUACAAGAUCCUCAAGAUCAUGAAUGGUUUGUCCCUAGGUUUAUUAAACCUCGAGACGUUUUUGAUAUGGGAGAGGAAAAUAGUGUGCAUUUUGAGUCAUCAAUGCAGUGUGAUGCCACUGACUUGGCUCUCUUAGAAAAUGCUCAUGUUCUAGAGUAUGAGGAUAAUGAUUGGGUAAGAAGUGGUGUCAAUGGAAUGGUAAUUGAUACGGACGUACAUUCUCAAGCUAAUGAGGGAGGAAAUGACAUUGAAAAUGAAAGUUACUCCGAGUAAGAUAGGUGGUACUUGUAAAAUAUAUUCUUUGCAAGUGUUAUCGAAUAAACUUUAGGGAUUUAUUAUUUUUUAGUAUAGAAAUUUGAAUAAAAUAUAUUUUAUGCUUUCAAUUUAAAUCAUUUUAUAGAAGAUGCAUGUUAGUCUGCUAUGGAUUUUCCAUGUUUCUGUUAGUUGAUUAUUGAAUGUUUUGAGUGCAUUAUAUGUGCUUGCUUUUACUUAAAUUUUGUGUUGUAGCUCUUGGAUUGUGAGAUGCUAUGGUGUUCUUAUGAAUUGGACAAUUUUUCCCUGGUGCAUCAGUAUCUCUUAUCUCUGCAACUAUCUUAUCACAAGGCUUUGUUUGUGUGCACAAAUAGCUUAUG